AUGGCCGGGCUGCCCCCCAGCAUUAUCAAGGUAACCCAGCGUUUGCUGGCAGAACCAGUUCCUGGCAUUAAAGCAGAACCAGAUGAGAGCAACGCCCAUUAUUUUCAUGUGGUCAUUGCUGGCCCCCAGGAUUCCCCCUUUGAGGGAGGGACUUUUAAGCUUGAACUAUUCCUACCAGAAGAAUACCCAAUGGCAGCCCCUAGAGUACGUUUCAUGACCAUAAUUUGUCAUCUGAAUGUAGACAAGUUGGGAAGAAUAUGUUUAGCUAUUUUGAAAGAUAAGUGGUCCCCAGCACUGCGGAUCCACACAGUCCUGCUAUUGAUCCAGGCUUUGUUAAGUGCUUCCAAUCCAGAUGAUCCAUUAGCAAAUGAUGUAGCACAGCGGUGGAAGACCAACAAAGCCCAAGCCAUAGAAGCAGCCAGAGCAUGGACUAGGCUAUAUGACCUUAAAAUCAAUCUGAUCAUCAAACCUGAUGAGCAGAUCUCAAGCAGCGAGCCUGCGUAA